AUGAAGCACAUUAUCAAUCCUUAUGAAACCAUCAACGGCACAGUGAGAAAUAAUUCAGACUGUCCUCGUGUGGUUUUGCCAGAAGAAAUAUUUUUCACAAUCUCUAUCAUUGGAGUUUUGGAGAACCUGCUUGUCCUUCUGGCUGUGAUCAAGAACAAGAAUCUCCAGUCCCCCAUGUACUUUUUCAUUUGUAGCUUGGCCAUUUCUGACAUGUUGGGUAGCCUGUAUAAGAUCUUGGAAAAUACCCUGAUCAUGUUCAGAAACAUGGGUUAUGUCAAGCCUCGUGGCAAUUUUGAAACCACAGCAGAUGACAUCAUUGACUCUAUGUUCAUCCUCUCUCUACUUGGCUCCAUCUUUAGCCUCUCUGUGAUUGCCGCUGACCGCUACAUCACCAUCUUCCAUGCCCUGCAGUACCACAACAUUGUCACCAUGCGCUGUACCGUCAUUACCUUGAUGGUCAUCUGGACGUUCUGCACAGGGAGCAGCAUUGCCAUGGUGAUCUUCUCCCACCAUGUCCCCACAGUGCUGACCUUCACAUCGCUGUUCCCUCUUAUGUUGGUCUUCAUCCUGUGCCUCUACAUUCACAUGUUCUUACUGGCUCGCUCCCAUGCUAGAAAGAUCUCCACCCUUCCCAGGACCAACAUGAAAGGGGCCAUCACACUCACCAUCCUCCUUGGGGUCUUCAUCUUCUGUUGGGCCCCGUUUGUCCUUCAUGUGCUCUUAAUGACCUUCUGCCCAAAUAACCCUUACUGUGCUUGCUACAUGUCUCUCUUCCAGGUGAAUGGCAUGUUGAUCAUGUGUAAUGCAGUCAUCGACCCCUUUAUAUAUGCCUUUCGGAGCCCUGAGCUAAGGGAUGCAUUCAAAAAGAUGAUCUUUUGCAAUAGGUACCAGUAG